GGGGCCGCGGCGGCUCCUCUGCCGGGUCGCGCCGGAGGACAAGCUUCGGGCGGCGGCUUGGGCGGCCUGAGGACCGACCGGGUGGGCCGAGCGGCGGAACCCCGCGCCUGCCGUCUGCCUAGCCCGCUAGCGCGGGGCGCGCGCCAUGGCCGCCUCGCCCGGCUCAGGCAGCGCCAACCCGCGGAAGUUCAGUGAGAAGAUCGCGCUGCACACGCAGCGGCAGGCCGAGGAGACGCGGGCCUUCGAGCAGCUCAUGACCGACCUCACCCUGUCCCGGGUUCAGUUUCAGAAGCUCCAACAACUGCGCCUUACACAGUACCACGGGGGAUCCUUACCUAACGUGAGCCAGCUGCGGGGCAGUGCGUCAGAGUUUCAGCCGUCACUUCCUCAAGCUGAUACUGUUCGUGGAACCCGCCACCAUGGGCUGGUGGAGAGGCCAGCCCGGAACCGCUUCCACCCCCUUCACCGAAGGUCUGGGGACAAGCCAGGGAGACAGUUCGAUGGAAAUACUUUUGUAGCCAGUUAUGCUUCACAGCCCCUGGAUGAGAGCUGGCCACGGCAACAGCCUGCUUGGAAAGAGGAAAAGCAUCCUGGAUUCAGGCUAACAUCUGCACUUAACAGGACCAAUUCUGAUUCUGCUCUUCACACGAGUGCUCUGAGCACCAAACCCCAGGACCCCUAUGGAGGAGGAGGCCAGUCAGCCUGGCCUGCCCCAUACAUGGGUUUCUGUGAUGGUGAAAAUGAUGGCCAUGGGGAAGUAGCAGCCUUCCCGGGUCCACUGAAGGAAGAGAACCUGUUAAAUGUCCCGAAGCCACUGCCUAAACAACUGUGGGAGACCAAGGAGAUCCAGUCCCUGUCCGGGCGCCCUCGAUCCUGUGAUGUUGGGGGCGGCAACGCUUUUCCACAUAAUGGCCAAAACACAGGCCUCUCACCGUUCCUGGGGACCCUGAACACUGGAGGGUCAUUACCAGAUCUGACUAACCUCCACUACUCAGCACCCCUGCCAGCCUCCCUGGACACCAGCGACCACCUCUUUGGUAGCAUGAGUAUGGGGAACAGUGUGGGCAACCUUCCAGCUGCUAUGACUCACCUAGGGAUAAGAAACUCUUCUGGUCUCCAGAGUUCUCGAAGUAACCCUUCCAUCCAAGCCACACUCAAUAAGAUGGCGCUCUCCUCACCCCUCAAUAGCCACCCACAGCCGGCUGUGGCCAACGCCUCUGCUCUCCACCCCUCGCUUCGCCUCUUCUCCCUUAGCAACCCGUCUCUUUCUACCACAAACCUGAGUGGCCCCUCUCGGCGCAGGCAGCCUCCAGUCAGCCCUCUCACGCUCUCUCCUGGCCCUGAAGCACAUCAAGGUUUCAACAGACAGCUGUCUGCAACCAGCCCACUGAACCCAUAUCCUGCCUCCCAGAUGGUGACCUCAGAGCAGAGCCCACUUUCCUUCCUGCCCACAGAUGCCCAAGCCCAAGUGUCCCCACCGCCCCCGUACCCUACCCCCCAGGAGCUGCCUCAGCCACUCCUACAGCAGCCCCAUGGCCAGGAGCCCCCAGCUCAGCAGCCCCAGGCAGCUCCCUCCCUGCCACAGUCAGACUUCCAGCUCCUCACGGCCCAGGGCUCAUCUCUGACCAACUUCUUCCCAGAUGUGGGCUUUGAUCAACAGCCCAUGAGGCCCAGCUCUGCCUUUCCUCAACAGGUGCCUUUGGUGCAGCAGAGCCACCGCCAACCACAGGACUCAUUCCACUUGAGACCAAACCCAUAUUCCAGCUGUGGGAGCUUCCCGAGCAGCAUCCUGACAGAAGAUUCAAGCACCAACCUGUUCAAAGGCCUUAGUGGGGGGCUGUCGGGCAUGCCUGAGGUCAGCCUAGACAUGGACACUCCGUUCCCACUGGAAGAGGAGCUGCAGAUAGAACCCUUGAGCCUGGAUGGACUCAACAUGCUAAGUGACUCCAGCAUGGGCCUGCUGGACCCCUCUGUGGAGGAGACGUUUCGAGCUGACCGGCUAUGAACAACAUGCCGUGGGACUGGGGAACUGAAAUGGCCAGAAUAAGCUAGAGUGAAGCCAGUAGCACCCUAACGGUAGUCACAGCAGAGGGAGCCACACUGCCCCAGGCUCUCCACUGAGGUCCCAGCUCAGAUGCCCACCCAUCCGCCUGCCCACGAGGCUUUUCUAGACACAGCUGCACUCUCCGUCCCGUGGCACCAGUUGUACUGCUGCAGGCCAGCUGCUUUGGAGCUUCUGGUGACCAGGAAGCUCACCAUGUCACCCUUAAUUCUUCUUAUUGGCCACCCAGUCAGUGUGUAAACAUAGAAAUUGCUGUGUAACAUGUCAGUGCUCCAAACCUUGGAUCCCCAUCAGCACUGACGAUGGGACAUAAAGGAGGCAGUCAGGGGCCACAGGCCCGUGGCGUUGACCCAGUGUCACACAACGGUACCAGAGCACCAUGAUGCCUUUAUAUCUGACCACCAAAGCCAGGCACCCCUCCAGCGGGUGGGUAUUCUGGGCCUAGCCACUGCUCUGUCAGAUGGCUUACUUAAAAUGAAGAAGCUUAACCACCCAUCCCAGGGCAGGCUUAAGUUAGGCAAACUGAGUGCAGUUUGCUUCCUCCCAGUUUGUGAUCUCUUUUCUGCUGCUUUCCUGUAUGCAUACCCUUUCCUCACAGACAGGAGGAGAGGGACACUCAUUUGCUCACUGAAAAAAAAAAAAAUGUCCUUGGAAACAGGAUGAGCCUAAAGAAGACAGUGCUCCCAGGAGACUGGAGGGGAAGAAGGAGGCUACAGGUGUGUCACCUGUAAAAGAUGCCCUCCAUCUUGGGCCUGCCACCCUCCAGCCCACUGGAAGGAGCUGCUGGGACUCCUGUCAAUACAGGGCAGCUGAACUGCCCUUUUCCCCCCAGCUUUCCCUGCAGACCUCAAGUUUAAUGCAGUUCCCACUGGACUGUAAGCUCCCAGAGGCCAGGGACUGUGCCUUGUGCCCACCAAAUGCCUGGAUGCAUGGUGCCCAGGCGUGGAUGAGUUAAGGACUGCCUUGCAGUGGGGUGGUCUAACCUGUAGCUGCCUCUAUUCCCUGCCUUAGCUCAGAGCUUUAACCGCAUACUGGUGCCUUGGAUUCAGACUCACUCGAGUAUGCCUUAACACUAGGUGACCAGAUCUGUCGCUAGACUCAGUACCCCUUCCCCUUGGGAGUACGCCCCUCAGUAGCUAGGUGAGAAUCAUCCAAUGAAUGUAUCCAGAAUGGCUGUUCACACCAAACCCCAUGUGUGUGCAACACCUGGCAUCUAGACUGGGCCCCCACAGCAAAUCCUCCCACUCGGACCCAUGGUUUUUUUCUAAAUUGAUUAAAAUAGAGGUGAAAACUUUGAAGUUAAGAAAUAAGGCCUGGAAAAAAAAAAAGAAAAGAAAAAGAAAGAAGGAAAGAAAGCAGGCAGGCAGGCAGGCCUGGUUCAUGGCACUCUUGUUAUUCAUCAGCACCUUAUCACAUAGUAAUUUGAGCAGAUUCUACUGCUACCUGCCUCCUAGCCCCGAAUGGGGAAAGUGAUGUCCACCCAGCACGAAGGGAGGAGCCAGGGUGGGGAAGAGGAGGACCCUGGAGGAGAAUCUCUGCUUGGACACCUGAGACAUGGGGGUGUAGCUGAGGCUUAGUGGCUGUUCCCACCCAGUAGAUGAAGUAGAAGGAAGCUGACCUAUCUGUGCCUAAGGCAAGAGGAGCCUGCGGACCGGAAGCUGGCUCCUCCAGCUGCCCACACCGUGCCGCGUGUCUCUUCUUAGGCCUUCCUUGUGAUUCUUCAAACAGCCCGAUGGAGCCACGCUGCACCCUCCCUGAGGACCCAAGAAUUCUGUGCUCUCAUUUACCUCAGCCUCUGCUGUUUAAUUGGGAAACCAAAUUAAAAUCCCCUUCACCCGAUUCCACCCCGAAGAUGCCACUGGCCUCUGCUUGCAAGCCCUGUUCCCAGUGAAACUCACACGCUUGGUGCCUGAGAUCCCAGAGGGGGGGACUUUAAAGUGAACACUUUUCUUUCCUCGCGCUGUCCAGCGCCCCAGCAUACCCAUGGAAGCCAGCUCCCAUGCCAGAGGCCCCUGAAAUUGGAUCUCAGCCUUCAGCAUUGAUCAGGCAGAGAUCAAUGCUGAUGUAAAAGUUGAGAGAAAGGGGUUCCCAGCACAGUCUGCUCCCUGCGUCAAGCUUUAUCCGUGGGGUCAUCGUGUUGGUGACACCCACACAGCACACAGGGGAGGAGCCGGGUAUGAGGUGACGGCGUCAGGAGGAGAACCCCAAAAGAGAAUCUCUGCUUAGACAGCUGCUGUUCUUCCGUGGAGAUUUCACGAUCCCAUACCCUAAGUUGCCCUGUCCCUGAGGCAUUCUUCAACUGAUGGGUAAGCACUGGCUAAGGGGGAGGGGGAACUGGAAAAAAACAAAAAACAAACAACAACAAAAAAAAAAAAACACUGUAGCACUGAAUUAAAUCCUCCCGUGGGCCCAUCAGCCUGAUCUUUUUAUGUGAGUAGCUUUAAGCCACUGGAGAGCCCACCAGUCUAGACAGAGUGUUGAGUACACCAGGAGACGAUGUUGCCUGCCCCAGCCGUGUAAGCUUGCACUUGAUGUUGCCUUUGUGACAAACCUGUCUUAGGCCUCAGCAUUGAAGUGGCUACAGGCAUCCCCAGACCUCUUUUCAGUGUCGUCUCUGUCCCACCAGCUGUACCUUCCCUAGCAGCACAGUGGUCGUGGGUUUAGAUGUGAGUGUGGGGAGAAAUGUUCUGAUGAUGUCAGGAUCAGCUCUCUUCUGCCUGCUCCCUCUCCCCCAAGUCUACUGUAUAUUAUCUGGGCUGAGAGGCCGUGUACUCAUGCUCCUGCACAUAUCUGAAGACAUUUCCUGUUGGGACUCUCCAGGGCUCUUCUGAUUGGUGCACAGAUGGUUCCCAGCCAUCCCAGCAGCUAAUCAGACGUCCGGCCAGUGUCUUCACUCCCGGCCUUUUGUUAAGCAAUAUUGAAAGAUCGGACUUUGUAUAAAGUAGCUUCCAGGUUUUAUAAUGCAUCAUUUUACAUCUUUCGUAAUUAAAAGCAGCACAAUAUGGUUGUAUCUGC